GUCUUUUUUCUGGCAAAAAACUCUUUCGUUUCUCAUUCGUAUUAUUGAUAAAAUGGGAUAACCUCAAAACGUAAGUGUCAAUUGUCAUCUGAUUUUUAAUUUUUCACAGAAAAUAGUAUGCCGCUUGGAAAAUUUGGAAAAAUUACUCUUUCUUGGUAAAUACCUGCUUAAUAAUACCAUUAAAGUCCCUGAAUUGUAAAGUGCUUAUGGUGGUUAGCAGUUACAGUGACGAGUUUAUCGCUAUUUGGAGUCGCAAAGAACGCUAUAAAUGCCCGUCGUCUGGAGAAUAUGAAAUCGCGUGAACGUAUGCGCAGGUCUAACGAGGGUGAAUAUCCUGAUUUAUACAGGAAAUUGUGAAGGUAUAUAUAACAAAUCUAUUACAACAUUAAGUGAGAAAACAUUACAAUGGCUGUUCCUCAAUUGGAUCCGGCUAAACUCCAGCUGGUGCAGGAUUUGGAAAUAGAGAUGAUGUCAGAUAUGUAUAAUCGUCUUGUCGGCGCAUGCCAUCGCAAAUGUAUUCCUGUCAAAUACCACGAACCUGAGCUAGGGAAAGGUGAAUCGGUUUGUCUUGAUCGGUGUGUAGCCAAAUACCUAGACGUCCACGAGCGCAUCGGCAAGAAGCUCUCGAACAUGUCACAAGGGGAAGCUGAAGACCUAACUAAAAUGAACCUUCCGGACAAGAAGUAGUAAUAUUAUUAAUAGACAUGCCACGAAUCUUUUUUUUUUAAAUUAUAUUUAGUUAAAAGGUAGAAUUUUACCAAAAAUAAAGUUAUAUUUUGAUUUGACAUUCUGAUACAUUUCUACACAAGUUUAAGUUACACAAAUGCUUGCAUUUUUUCAAAAUAAUACAAAUGUCUACCUCAGUAUAUAAAAAUCAAUUCAUAGCAAGUUUGGCUAAUCAAAUCUUGUGUGUAUUAAUGAAUGCCUAAUUAUUUUCAUAUACAAAUUAAGAAUAAUACAAUAAAACUGUUCCAAUUGUCUAUUCACGUAUCAAUAACUUGGUGUAUGUACGAAACUGCAUUUUGUUUCAAAUAUAUUAUUAUAGUGUUGAAAAUUAGUAUUUAGAAAUAAAAUAGCGAAAAAUGAUUUAA